UGCACUCCAUAAUAAAUGAUUAAAUGACUUCAUGUCGAUUUUUUAAUGGCGGUAAUUGUAGUAGAGUUGAUAAGAUGCUGAAGAGGGUAAAAUUAUACACAGUCUGUCGCAAGACGUGCUCGGUUACAUUUAAGUGAAAUUUAUUGACCAUUACGAUAAUAAAAUAACAUGUGUCGUAUCAGUGUAUUUGUUUUAUAAUUUUGUUGCAUUAUCAGCCACAAUUCUGGGGAACCGAUAUUUCGAAAUAAGAUAUUGCUUUACAUGUAGAAAGAGGUUAUGCUUUUGUGCAACACACUGAUAAGUUGUUUGUAAAGGAAGAGAUUUAAAUAUGCAAAUACUUUCUUUACAUUUUUCAAUGUAUACCGUUGGUGGUAUAUGGCGACCUGUUGAAUGGUCAUCGGAUGGUGCCAAGCUGCUGUAUAGUAUAUUUACCUUUAUUAUAGUAUCUUCGGAAUACUUUUUGAUGAUAACUCAAUUUAUGGAUAUAGUACUUGUUGUCGACAAUAUCGAUGAUUUUACCGCUAAUACUCUAAUGUUUUUGACUAUUGUUGCUGUUUGUUGUAAAGCGACGGUCGUUGUUGUGCGUCGGAAUGCGAUCAUCAACAUAGUGCAAUUGUUGUUGAAAGCACCACAUAAACCUCGAAACGAGGAUGAAGUAGCUAUCCAAACGAAAUUUGAUAAGUUUAUCAGAACGUUUACGUUAAGAUACACUUUUUUGGCGACGGGCUCCAUUACAGGCCUCACUCUAGGAUCAAUAUUAAAUGCUAUGCAUGGUCAUUUACCUUAUCGAGUAUGGCUACCAUGGAAUUACGAUAUACCUCUGGUGUUCUGGAUUAUAUCUAUUCAUCAAAUCUUAACUUUACUUUUCGCCUGUAUCAUAAAUGUCGGGACGGAAACUCUAGUUCUCGGAUUGCUCAUACAAACGUGCGCCCAACUUGAAAUUUUCGAAAGUCGUCUUCACAAAUUUAUAAUUAAUAAAACAGUUAGAGAUCUGGGACAUACACUUUCGACGUCGAAUAAGAACGAAGUAGGGAUAUCGGAAUGCGUACAUUAUCAUCUCAGCAUUUACAAAUUCGCGAAAACGGUAAACGUCAUAUUCAACCAGGUGCUCUUCGUUCAGUUUUUUUCUAGUAUAAUAGUAUUAUGUACAUGUGUAUAUUACUUGUCAACCCAUACUGCGGAACUGUCUGGACUUGUGUCUUUUUUGGUAUAUACGAUUUGCAUGUUUGCACAAAUUUUCGUUUACUGCUGGUCCGGAAACGAAGUCAUACUUAAGAGUACGAGCAUAGGAGACACUAUAUAUCGUACAGAUUGGCCACUGCUAUCAAUCAGAGAGAAAAAAGGAUUGCUCAUGAUCAUGAUGCGUAGCACUAUUCCUAUAAAGUUCACGAGCAGCUUCUUGAUAACUCUAUCCCUUCAGUCUUACAGUAACAUCCUAAAAACGUCUUAUUCAGUAUUUAACGUGUUACAAAAGUGAAAUAUAAAUAAUGAUGUAGUUUUGGAUAAAUUAGAAAUUCUAAAUCUCAUAACUUUUGUUUCCACACAUUUUUACUUCAGCCUUAUUCCCUAUUCCGAUUAUCCAAACACUGACGCAAGCAGAUGACAUGCACGCGCACGCACAGUAAAUGUAACUA